AUGGCACCGAAAGCAGGAAACGUUGCCCGGAAACCGGUCGGUCAAGCCUUCAAAGAUAAAUCGAAACCCCAGGAUGUCCGUCUAUCGAAUAUUCAGGCUGCCAAAGCUGUCUGCGAUGCCAUUCGUACCAGUUUGGGUCCCCGUGGCAUGGACAAAAUGAUCCAAGCCUCGAACGGUGAAGUUUCCAUUACCAACGAUGGUGCCACCAUUUUGAAGCAAAUGAAUGUCUUGCAUCCAGCUGCCAAAAUGUUGGUCGAACUUUCUCGCGCUCAAGAUGUUGAAGCUGGUGACGGUACCACCUCGGUUGUUGUUAUUGCUGGCGCUUUGUUGGAAGCUUGUGAAAAAUUGUUGCACAAGGGUAUCCAUCCCACAGCCAUCUCGGAUUCGUUCCAACGUUGUGCCAAUAAGGCCAUUGAGAUCAUCAAUGACAUGUCGACACCAAUUGCUUUGACCGAUCGUGAAACGUUGAUUAAGAGUGCUUCAACUUCACUGAAUUCCAAGGUGGUGUCACAACAGAGUAGUCUGUUGGCACCCAUUGCUGUUGAUGCUGUUUUGCGUGUCACCGAGCCCGGCAAGGAGGGUGCUGUCGAUUUGAAGAAUAUCAAAGUUAUUCGCAGUUUGGGUGGUACCGUCGAGGACACAGAAUUGGUUGAGGGUUUGGUAUUUACCUCACGCUCGGCUGGUGUUAAUGCUCCCAAGCGCAUUGAAAAGGCCAAGAUUGGUUUGAUCCAAUUCUGCAUUUCGGCACCAAAAACUGAUAUGGACCACAGUGUCAUUGUCUCGGAUUAUGCCGCCAUGGAUCGUGUCUUGAAAGAAGAGCGUGCCUACAUUCUCAAUAUUGUCAAACAAAUCAAGAAGGCUGGCUGCAAUGUUUUGUUGGUCCAAAAAUCCAUUUUGCGUGAUGCUGUCUCUGAUUUGGCCCAACACUUCUUGGACAAAAUCAAGUGUUUGGUCGUCAAGGAUGUGGAACGUGAGGACAUCGAAUUCGUUUGUAAAACGUUGAAUUGUCGUCCCAUUGCCUCCCUGGAUCAUUUCGUUGCUGAAAAUCUCGUCAACGCCGAUUUGGUUGAAGAGGUUUCCAGUGGCACCAACAAGUUUGUUAAGAUCACUGGCAUCCAAAACCCUGGUCGCACUGUGUCCAUUGUCUGCCGUGGUUCCAACAAAUUGGUAUUGGAAGAAGCUGCCCGUUCUCUGCACGAUGCCUUGUGCGUUGUCCGUUGUUUGGUUAAGAAACGUGCCCAGAUUGUGGGUGGUGGUGCCCCAGAAAUUGAAAUGGCUCUUCAAUUGGCUGCCUAUGCCCAGACCGUUGAGGGUGUUGAUGCCUAUUGUUUCCGUGCCUACGCCGAAGCCCUUGAAGUUAUUCCCUCGACAUUGGCCGAAAAUGCUGGCCUCAACCCAAUUGCCACUGUAACAGAAUUGCGCAAUCGUCAUGCCCAGGCUGAAAAGAAUGCCGGCAUUAAUGUGCGCAAGGGAGCCAUCACCGAUAUCUUUGCUGAAAAUGUUGUCCAACCGGCUUUGGUGAACAUUUCUGCCAUCUCCCUGGCCACCGAGACCAUACGUUCGAUUUUGAAAAUCGACGAUAUUGUCAAUACUAUUUCUUAA